GUGUGAACACAGUUAGGGAGGCCAUUCCUCUGGUGUCCCAAAGCAAACGAGGACUGUUGUGAUUCCUCCACAGGUCCUAUAGGACAGGGCUGGGUUUAUCCACAGGUCCUAUAGGACAGGGCUGGGUUUAUCCACAGGUACUAUAUGACAGGGCAGGGUUUAUCCACAUGUCCUAUAGGACAGGGCUGGGUUUAUCCACAGGUCCUAUAUGAGAGGGUUGGGUUUAUCCACAGGUCCUAUAUGACAGGGCUGGGUUUAUCCACAGGUCCUAUAGGACAGGGCUGGGUUUAUCCACAGGUCCUAUAUGACAGGGCAAGGCUGGGUUUAUCCACAGGUCCUAUAGGACAGGGCUGGGUUUAUCCACAGGUCCUAUAUGACAGGGCUGGGUUUAUCCACAGGUCCUAUAUGACAGGGCAGGGUUUAUCCACAGGUCCUAUAGGACAGGGCUGGGUUUAUCCACAGGUACUAUAUGACAGGGCUGGGUUUAUCCACAGGUCCUAUAUGACAGGGCAGGGUUUAUCCACAGGUCCUAUAGGACAGGGCUGGGUUUAUCCACAGGUACUAUAUGACAGGGCAGGGUUUAUCCACAUGUCCUAUAGGACAGGGCUGGGUUUAUCCACAGGUCCUAUAGGACAGGGCUGGGUUUAUCCACAGGUACUAUAUGACAGGGCUGGGUUUAUCCACAGGUCCUAUAGGACAGGGCUGGGUUUAUUCAUAGGUUUUAUAGGGCAGGGCUGGGUUUAUCCACAGGUACUAUAUGACAGGGCUGGGUUUAUCCACAGGUACUAUAUGACAGGGCUGGGUUUAUCCACAGGUCCUAUAGGACAGGGCUGGGUUUAUCCACAGGUACUAUAUGACAGGGCUGGGUUUAUCCACAGGUCCUAUAUGACAGGGCAAGGCUGGGUUUAUCCACAGGUCCUAUAUGACAGGGCUGGGUUUAUCCACAGGUCCUAUAUGACAGGGCAGGGCUGGGUUUAUCCACAGGUCCUAUAUGACAGGGCUGGGCUGGGUUUAUCCACAGGUCCUAUAGGACAGGGCUGGGUUUAUCCACAGGUCCUAUAGGACAGGGCUGGGUUUAUCCACAGGUCCUAUAGGACAGGGCUGGGUUUAUCCACAGGUCCUAUAGGACAGGGCAGGGCUGGGUUUAUCCACAGGUCCUAUAGGACAGGGCAGGGCUGGGUUUAUCCACAGGUCCUAUAGGACAGGGCAGGGCUGGGUUUAUCCACAGGUCCUAUAGGACAGGGCAGGGCUGGGUUUAUCCACAGGUCCUAUAGGACAGGGCUGGGUUUAUCCACAUGUCCUAUAGGACAGGGCUGGGUUUAUCCACAGGUCCUAUAUGACAGGGCAGGGUUUAUCCACAGGUCCUAUAGGACAGGGCAGGGUUUAUCCACAGGUCCUAUAUGACAGGGCAGGGCUGGGUUUAUCAACAGGUCCUAUAUGACAGGGCAGGGUUUAUCCACAGGUCCUAUAUGAGAGGGCAGGGCUGGGUUUAUCCACAGGUCCUAUAGGACAGGGAAAGGAAGUGCUCAUUUCUUCUUGGUGGCUCUCUUUCCCUCGCCCUUCUUGGGUUUCCCUUUGCCUCUCAGUUUCCUCAGCCGACGCAUCUCCUCCUUGAAGUCCUCGUGUUCAUCUCUG